GCGAGGUGUGUUGUGUAGUUCGCGGCGUGUUGUAUGGUGUGGUGCGCGGUGAAAUGAAUGGUGUGGUGCAUGGUAAAAUGGGUGGUGUAGUGCAAGGUGGUAGUGCGAUGUAUAUGUCUGGUGUGAUGCACAGUGUAGUUCGCGGCGUGUUGUAUGAUAUGGUGCGCGGUAGGAUAGAUGAUGUAGUGCACGAUGGGAUGGGUAGUGCAAUGUAUAUGUCUGGUGUGAUGCGCAGUGUGGUUCGUGGCGUGUUGUAUGGUGUGGUGCGUGGUGUGUAUGGUGUGAUGUGUGGUGGGAUGGGUGGUGUGAGAUUAUAA